CUUACCGCGUCGCACUGGCACAAACUCUCGUCCACUUCAUUCUGCAAAUCUCUCCCUCAACCCCUCACACCAAUGCCUCGAAAAGAUUUCCAAGAGUAUCAACAUCAGUACUUGGAAGCAAAUUUCACCAAAAUGCUUACCUUACCAAAAACAAAAAUGCUCUCCCUCUGUCGCCCAUUCCUUUCCCUUGAUCCUAUCCUAUGGAUGCCCAUGAUCAACAUUGAACGGAGUCGUCUUAUACGAUGGCGUCUUGAGUGGCUACCUGGGGGCUCUCCUAAGCCGUGUUCUUGUGGUCAACAUCUUUCACAUUCCCAUGCUAUCAAUUGCCUCAGUAUGCAUGUAAUGCUAAACCAACCUACAACUGUUUCCGAUCCUUUGUCUCACCUUUUAAACCGCUUGUCUAUAACACCUCCUAAGAACAACCGCUCAAUACUUUACUGGGGUGUCAAAUGGACCUCAAUCCACACACUUCUUUCACAAGUUGGCGCUAUACAACUUGCUAACAUGGAACCGCUGAACAUUACUCCAACCAAUCAAUUAUCGCCCUUCCUUCUAUGGUUACAAACAUAUGCCCACAAAAAACAUUAGUCCAACCCUCUCCUUUUACAAGCCUUUUUUGCCUUUGCUUCUCUAAGACUUUUUUUUAGCUUAAUUAGUCCUUCUUAUGAGAUGAUCGAGUACGAGCGUUUAAUGGCUAAAUUAGGUCAUGCGCUCAAAAGGACUAUUUAUAAAUAUUAAAUAUGAUAUUCUCCAGCCCGUAUUUUAAAAAGACCUGAAACGUAAAUAAAAGAUUGAACAAGGUUGGAAAGAUUGAACAAGUUUAAGAUUG